UGUGCCAAUUGUUAUUGGUGUCAAGCCAGCCGAUUUCCCAUUUUCAGUUAUUUAUUAAGUUUUUAAUUUGUAGAGGGUCACCCUAAACACCUUCUAAGAAUAUAACACACAAGCAUUGCUUGAGUGUGCCUUUGCUUGUGCUAUUGAUUUUGAGUAUAGUAUUUUAAGUAUUGUUGUAUAAGAAGAAAAUUUACUCUUACACCUGUUUGAAACUGUAAAUUGAAGAUAAUAUAAAAAUAUGAAUGUUACAUUUUUUUUUGUGAAGAAGCCCUGACCCUUGAAAGAGAUUUGGAUUUAUUCUUAUUUGAGGUGUAAAAAAUUAUCUAAAUGAUACGAGAGUUUUAUGAUAGUACAGAUGAAGAUGACAUGGAAAGCCAGUAUCAGGUAGAACCUGAAUGUCUUGUUUUAACGAGACCUGAUCGAGAUAUGCAUAAUAGAUGCUGUGGUGGUAAAGCAUGGUGUAUAAGGGAUAUAUGUGGCAUUAUAUGUGCCGUGCUGACAUGGCUUCUCAUCCUAUAUGCAGAGUUUGUGGUCAUGAUGGUUAUGCUGUUGCCUGGAGUAUCAACAUACCCCUUCUACAGCUACGCCAACAUAAUUGUCUUUCAAACUCUAGCUUUCCUCGCUUUUGCCUCACAUCUUAGGACCAUGUUCACAGAUCCUGGUGCAGUACCAAAAGGCAACGCGACGAAGGAGAUGAUAAAACAAAUGAGCUUCCGCGAGGGCCAGGUUAUAUUUAAAUGCACCAAGUGCUGCAGUAUCAAGCCGGAGAGGGCUCACCACUGCUCCGUGUGUCAGAGGUGCAUCAGGAAGAUGGACCAUCAUUGCCCCUGGGUGAAUAACUGCGUUGGAGAGAACAAUCAAAAGUAUUUUGUGUUAUUUACUUUUUACAUCGCAGCGAUCUCAAUUCACUCUUUGACGCUAUCAGUUUAUCAAUUUGUGACGUGUAUCCGUCACGAAUGGCGUGACUGUAGCACAUAUUCGCCGCCGGCCACAGUUGUAUUGCUGUUAUUUCUCAUCGCCGAGGCACUGUUAUUUGCAAUAUUCACCGCUGUCAUGCUGGGAACACAAUUGCACGCUAUUUGGAAUGAUGAAACGGGUAUCGAACAAUUAAAGAAGGAACAAGCCCGUUGGAUACGCAAAUCUCGGUGGAAGAGUAUACAAUCGGUAUUUGGUCGUUUUUCUAUUCUUUGGUUUUCACCGUUCACGCAACCUUCACCAAAGACAAAACUAGAGAGUUAUUUGUAUAGCGUUUAACGUCUAUGGGUACAGAAACGAGACAGCGUACUGACAUAUGUCAGAACCGUUUGGAUUUUGACAUCUGACAAGCGCUUAGUCUCGACUCUUGUCGCCCUAAGCGGCCUUUAGCGUAACAAUGCCGGAUUUACAGACACAUAAGCACAGACUCAUAUAAGUAGACAUAUACACAGUUUUUAACAAACAUGAUUUAUUUUUUGUUUGCUACAUUUAUAAAUAUUUUGACAUACAAAAGAGGUUGACUGAAAGUUUGUACUUGAAGAAAACGAUGCCUUUGUUGAGAUUGUAUUUGUCUGUGAUUAUGUUCUUUGAAUGGUGAGGCCUAAAUAGUCAUCAACAGUGAAAUAGUAGAAAAUAUGCGUAAUCGUAUUCAUAAAUGUAUUACAAGCCAUGUUUUGUCUUUGUCAUUAUUUUGUAUUUCGAAGAAAAUGAAAGAGACAAUACACUUUAACACAGUGCAGACUCAAAUACACUUCGCUUAUUUUGUCAAUGUUUUUAUCAGCACGGUGUUUUAGUCAAAUCGGUUAUAAGACUGAUUAUAAGGUUUUAUUAAAUCGUAGAUACAGAGAUAAUACAUAUUUAGUGACAAUUGACACCAUGACAUGCAUUCAAAUACAGAUACUAAGUAAUAAAGCUUAUAGUACGUUUAUGAAUGAUAUCUUUUUUCCGAAGCUUAGUAUUCAAAUUUUAUGAAAUUUAAAUUUGGAACAUUCAUUUUGGUCAUAGUUAUUUCUGACAUUAAGAAUUGACAUAUGCUUUGCCUUAUGUCAGUUAUGCCCAAAAUGUAAUGUUACCAUUAAGAUUAAUUGUAUAUAUUAUAUAAUGUAGAUUACUUCAUAGUACAUAUUUAAAGUAUGAUUUAUGUACAUUUUAAGGGCUAUUUUAUUAACUUAUUGGGUUCUACUAAAGUGGUUAUAUCAGUGUAUAAGCAAUACUACUUAAUUAACGGGAUUACCGGAUUAGUGGCCUAUCAAUUAUUUUAAAUAAACUAAAUUUCACUUGAUCAUUACGUAUUCCAGUCAAAAUAAGGCAAUAUAGUAAAUUUUAUAAAGGCCUUCAUGGCUAAAAGGUUGAACUGAUCUUGAAAUACUCCAAUUAUGGUAAUAAAUGUUAGAAUAUAAAACAAAAUACGUUCCAUUUCGUUUGAUUGUCCGUGAUUCGACUGUGAUGAGAAAGCGCAACAUUUGGAGUAAUUAGAGUGUGUGCCGGAAAUUAGAGGCUGGCUCUUUGAGGGAAACCAUUAGUCGGUGUCCAUCCUAACGCAGUGGGUGGUACAGUCGCAUAGAAACGUACCACGGCAAUAGAUAGUUGCAUAGCACCGAACAGGGCAUGGAGCUGAUGAGGUGACGUGAGCAUGAGUUGGAUAGGAGCCGUUCCGCUCGAAUCUAUUGAUGUACAUACGUAGGAUAGCGUUUAACGCAUCAGCAGAUGCGAUUUGCUGGGCGUAUAUUUCCGCUGUCUUGACUUGUUGCAUUAAACUCCGAGUACAGGGAUCACGUCCUGUGGGAGUGUGGCUGUACGGUCGGGAGAGGAUAGAGAUCCAUGUUGGACCAUAUUGAGAUGGGUUAGCCGGGAACGGUUUACUGCAGGAAUGCCGUGUAUAGUAUUUACACACGUGUCUGGCAUCGCGUAAAGAUCGAGAUAAACGAGUGAACGAGAAUGGCACUGGAUGAUGACCCUCGAUGUAGACCAUCGACAAUGAGGACUGUGUUCUUGUGUUAUCCACAGCGCAUCUCUCGAUGGAGACAGUAGACAGGGGACAGUGCGUGUGUGGCGUUUGUAACUAAAUGCACAGACAAGGCAUAGAACGAACAUAGAUUUACCUGCGUAUAUGUCAUUGAUUCGAUAGGAACUCUGUUUUAUAUGACCGCGAGGUCGAAAGGACCAUGGGACUGUAAAGUAUUGCUGACCGUGAUUGGACUAAAGAAUUUGACCAAUCACAGUCAAACGAGCCGUCGCGUUUUAUUUUAAAUUAUUUAUGACGUUUUGUCUUGUAUUAUUUAUAAAUUAAAUUAAUUAAAAAUAAUAAUGACUAAAGCUUAGAUAUAAAAUCUUUUUGUAGUGAAUUUGAAUUUCGGUAUUUUUAUAUGGCUUUAAAUGUCGCACACAAAAUGUGAAAUCAUAUUUCGUUAAUAUUUAAACUAGAACAAAUACGAUCUCAUAGUUUUUUUUUUAAUUACAUUAAAUUUCAAUAUAUUAUAAAUCAUGUAUUAAUUUUAAAUGAUAUAAAAUUUAAAACAAAUAACAGCACCCUUUUCUAAGUCGUAGAAUUUCCAUUGGAAAGUGUCGCGUGUUGUAAUUAUGCUCAUUACACAUAUGUUUGUUUAAUCUUUAUAUAAAGUCUUAUAUUACCGUGUGCCUACAUUACACUUUAGUAGUAAUGUAUUCCGUUGUGUAGGGAAUCCGUGCCUUUCAAAGGUUUCACAAGUUAUCAUAGAUUAAGUAGUUUGUUAUCAAAAGAAGUUUCAUACGCCAAUAAAUAUAUCAAAUAAAUAUUAUAUAAAAUGAUAGUAUCCUAUUGGAGUAGGAUGCUUAAUGUAACGUCUUUUGAUUGCUAGUCUCGUCUUGACACUUGUCUAACAAAAUCUGACAUCCGUUGAGUAAAAAGCAAUAACAGGCAAAGAAAAUUGUUGAUGUUUAUAAUUCUACUUCUACUUUUAUACAGAUAAACACAUAUACUUAAAUAGAAAACUUGAAAGGUUUCUGUCGCAAUUUGAUAAAAUUACCAAUUAAGAAAUAAUAUAAAUUUUAAAUAGGUUUGGUUGACAGUUUGUACAGUUAAAAGUCCCGAGUAUAUAUAUCUUUAGAAGCGAUUUUAGGAGCUUACACCGGAAUAAGUCUCAUCUCAACUUGAAAAGGUUUAUUUUCUAUACAAGCACGUUAAGACGAGGAAUCUUGUACUGCUUUGAUUUGUAAUAGCCAUCCACAAUGAUAGGUUUCUUUGUUGGCAAGUAACUGUCGUGUUCCUUGCCAAAUGAGUGCGUUGUCUAUGACUUGAAAUGUUGUCAUCUCGAUAAUUUCAUAUUGUUGAUGCGAAACUUUAAGAAUCUUUCUUGAACUUUCUUACCGUUUCUAACUUUCUUAAGUUCCUUUAAGUUUAAUAAAUGUGUUGAUAAAGAUAUUUUUGGGUCACUUUUCUAUAUUUUUAAUGGUGAUAAAGUAUUAUUUGAUAAUAAAAAUAGGUUAACGGUUAAUGGUUAUAGUGACUUAGACUUUUAAAAGCCUCUUCGGAUAAUUGAAUAGAAUUUUAUCAACUACAACCUGUGCCUCACACUUUCACAGAACGCUGAUCGUCAAGUUAUAUAGGCUAGCAUGUUAUAUAGGGUAGGUAGCUCAGGUUUAAGAGAUCACCCAACAACUUUUAAUGCUACUAAAACUUGUACUUUUAGGUUAUACUUCCGCAUAAGACUUACAAAGGCAUUACAUGAAACAGAUCGUACAUACGAGAAUUUAUAAUGAGUGGUUUUAUUAUGCUCUUAAUACAAUUUAGGCCAAUUUUAACAAUAGCAUCAGCGAUUUCAACUGACGGCAACAGUUCUAGAUUAUUUCUAUAAUAAUUGUCAAUCUGAUAACUACGGGUCUGGCGCACAUUCGCCUAUUAUAUUUAACUUCGUUGCAAUAAAUAUUUUAUAAAUGGUUAGCUUUUAAUUGGCAAUAAAGUGAAUAAAUUACGCUUGUGACUGGUUGAUGUAUAGUGUAUAGUUUCGCUUAACGAUUUCGAAAUUUAGGCUUUGUAUACAAUUUUUUCGUCUUAAAAAUGUUAAUAUAUUCUAUAAGGAAUUGAAUAUUAUUCGUUAAGUGCUAAUAUGACAAGGGAGUUUUCUGUUGUAUUCGAGUUUUUGGACAAUUUACGCAAGGUGAUUUGUGAUUUACACAAGAAUGUCGCUCGUGUUCCCUCCCAUAAUGUCUUGUGCUUCAUAAGCAUUACCUAAUUCAGCAAUGAUUGAGGUUAAAUUUUAUGUAUAUAUUUUUCCUUCACCGUUAGAGUGGAGAGUGCUUAGUUUGAACCCGUUAACUCUUAAUCCUAUCGUACCCUCAGAGCGUCAAUCUUAGUACUUCGAAUUGUACUGGCAGCAAAAAAUACAGUCGACAUAUAGAUAACGUUGUUAUAGAUAAUUGAAGACGAGAUACCUGAAUGCGGCAGUAGAAAAUAUAUUAAAAUAUUACGCGCACUGUACGCAGAGACCUCAUAAACUUUCAGCGAUAUUAAGUCACAAAAGAGUAUAUAAGGAACCACAAUUAAUGCCUCUUGACCAAAUUCUGUCGCUUUUACAACAUUUAGAAUAAGCAUACAAAAUAAGCUUAUUUAUACCUAUUAUAUUUUGUAAAGAGUUUUAUAAUUUUAUCUAUUUGUUGAUGUUACUUAAUAUUUCAUCAUAUUAUUUUAGUAAAAAUAUAUAUUUUCAUAAUUCAUGUUGUUUUUGAAGAAUUGUUGUUUUUUUUAUAUAAAUUUGAUGCGGUAUUUUUAUCUUGGGGAUACGAAUUGUACAUUCCACGCCUAUUUUAAUAUUCAAAUUAUUAUUUUACAAUUAACGCGGAAUUGGGCUACAAUCGUAAUGAUUGAUGGCAGCAGGUAUCCUACACUGAAAUCCCGAUACACGAAUGACAAGCCGUCUUUUUACGUUGGAAUGAAAUGGGUUAUCUGGAAAAGGGUUUUUUAUUUUUAAAUAUUUUUUUUAAUGAAUGUAAAAUAUAAAAUAACCUGUACUUUUAUUAAGCUAUGUAAUGUGACGCAUUGCGGGUUUCACGAAAAGUACAAAUUAUUCGAGGGGAUUUCAUACAAUCUAUUUUCGAAACUGCUCUUUGACACCAGUCCUCAGUUAAUUAUUUUAAUUAGAUGUAGGUGCUCAAUGUUGCAAAUAGGUAUUUGACUUAGCAUCUCAUAUUUACACCCUUUACUGAUAAAUAUAUCUCACUUGUUUCUACUUAUAAUACGCGCUUUAAUGAGUAAGAGGGGUUAUAGGAAUUAAUUUGUAGGCAUUUUUCAUUGAAUAUGGUUUCGAAGCUUUUAAAUGAUAGAAAUGUAAAAUCGUAGUAUAAUGGGGUAAUGUUAUCGAUUGGUUAAAUCCCAUUCCAAUAAUUAACUAACGGUUUGUUAACGUUAGAGGAAUGCGGUUAUGCAACGCACCUACAAAUUUUGAUUAUCUGUUUCAUUAGACACAUCUAAAAAAUAUUUUCUAAUCUAAUUAAGAUUUUCGAGACCUAUUAAA